CUGAGUUUUCUGAAUAAACCUUUUUUAUUCUAUAAUUAAAAAAAAAAAAAAUAUUAAAUUAAAAAUCACCAGCUUUCGUCUCUUCUGAAUCCACCAUUGCAUUUCUCUCCUGUGCUUAAGAUCGUAAAUAAGGGAAGUGUAUUGUAGAUAACUGAGAAAUUACUAUAUACCACCUCUGACGCCGCAUCUACUACAAAAACCCUAGAACUUCUACUUCUGCUACUCUGUUUUUUUGCUACUUCUUUUCUCCAUUUCCUGCUUCGCUUCGUUCGAUAUAGUCUUUAAUCAUGUCGAGGAAGAUGCUUAACGAUGGGGAAGUGAACCAAACUAAUGAAGAUGAUGCCCACUAUGACUUCGACUUGUUUGUUAUUGGGGCAGGAAGUGGUGGUGUUCGUGCUUCUAGAUUUUCAGCUAAUUUUGGAGCCAAGGUUGGUAUAUGUGAACUUCCAUUUCAUCCGAUCAGCUCAGAAGUUGUUGGAGGAGUUGGUGGAACAUGUGUUAUCCGUGGUUGUGUUCCCAAAAAGAUUCUGGUGUAUGGAGCAUCUUUUGGAGGUGAAAUCGAGGAUGCAAGGAAUUAUGGGUGGGAAGUGAAUGAGAAAGUUGACUUCAAUUGGAAGAAACUUUUGCAGAAAAAGACAGAUGAAAUAGUCCGGUUGAAUGGAAUAUACAAGCGAUUAUUGGCAAAUGCUGGGGUUAAAUUAUUCGAAGGAGAGGGAAAGAUAGUUGGUCCUAAUGAAGUUGAGGUCAUACAACUAGAUGGCACUAAAUUGAGCUACUCAGCUAAACACAUACUGAUUGCAACUGGCAGUAGGGCUCAUCGUAUUUCAAUUCCUGGCCAGGAAUUGGCUAUAACCUCUGAUGAGGCAUUGAGUUUAGAGGAAUUUCCGAAACAUGCUGUGGUGCUUGGUGGAGGGUACAUAGCUGUUGAAUUUGCUUCGAUAUGGCGAGGACUGGGAGCUACUGUUGAUCUAUGUUUUAGAAAAGAACUUCCAUUAAGGGGUUUUGAUGAUGAAAUGAGGGCAGUGGUUGCAAGAAAUCUGGAAGGCAGGGGAGUUAAUUUACAUCCAAGGACAAAUUUGACAAAGUUGGAAAAAACAGAAGAUGGCAAAAUAAAAGCUACUACGGAUCAUGGUGAAGAUUUGAUUGCAGAUGUAGUUCUGUUUGCAACUGGUCGGGUUCCUAAUACAAAGAGGUUGAAUCUUGAAGCUGCAGGUGUGGAACUUGAUGAGGCAGGAGCUGUGAAGGUAGAUGAGUACUCACGCACCAACAUUCCUAGCAUAUGGGCUGUCGGUGAUGUUACAAACCGGAUGAAUCUUACUCCUGUGGCCUUAAUGGAGGGAACAUUUUUUGCGAACACUGUUUUUAAUGGGAAACCUUCUAAACCAGACUACAGAGACGUACCCUAUGCAGUGUUUAGCAUACCGCCACUUUCUGUUGUCGGUCUCAGUGAAGAACAAGCAAUUGAGCAAGCACAUGGAGAUAUUUUGGUCUUCACAUCAACCUUCAAUCCAAUGAAGAACACUGUCUCUGGACGACAAGAAAAGACAGUUAUGAAGCUUGUUGUUGAUGCUGAGACGGAUAAAGUUCUUGGGGCAUCCAUGGUUGGGCCAGAUGCACCUGAAAUUAUACAGGGCAUUGCUGUUGCGCUUAAGUGUGGAGCAACCAAGGCACAAUUUGACAGCACAGUGGGAAUACAUCCUUCUGCCGCGGAGGAAUUUGUGACAAUGCGUACGGUUUCAAGGCGUGUUCCUCCUGCUAACAAACCAAAGACAAAUCUAUAAGAAUACAGUGAGUAGAUUCUGGAAGAGGGAUAUAUAUAUAUAUAUAUAUAUGCUUUGGAAAAAGGAUAUUCGCUUAGUUAUAUAGGUAGUUGUUUUACAUUCACUACAUGGAAACAUGGGGUAUAACGAGGGAAAAAAAAUUGGUUGGAUUUUUUUUGUCCAAUAAAAUUUACUUUGAGCAGUGUUAAAAAGAUAAUUGCGCAGAACCAAUAUAAUUUACUAUCUAUAUUUUUAUA